AAGAGAAGCAAAUGUUGCCCGCACCUUCGAAGGGGUUCCACGGUUGACAGAAGCUCUGGUAGAGAAAUUAGCAUCGUUUUUACCGUACUCCAAGAGUUAUUGACGCGUGCAGCUCAUUAAAUCUCCCGCUUAAUUCAAAACUUAUUAAUUAGUAUGAAACGAUGAGAAAAUUAGCGAGUGUGACUUCGAUACGAAAGCAGCUUACGAACACAGGAGCAGUUUCCAUUCGAGAUAAUCUCGGUUAAUUUAUAAAACUAAGCCGUAUCAGUGUUCUGAGGGUCCAGUAUCAUAGUUUAGAAUCGAAGUUAAACAACGAAGCUGACAACUCUACAGACGGGUAAACUUAAGUUAAGCGCAGUUCACGAGGGAUAAGAAUUUGUAAUUAUGAUGAACGUUUGGCGAAGAAGUGCAGUAGCGUUAAUUGUGAUUACAGCAAGUCUAGUCGCUCAUGGAGGAAAAUACCAAGGAAACAGCAAAUUGGAAAGAGAUGCAUCUUGGUUAGAUCCAAAGGACGAGUUCAACGAUCCGCAUACAGACCACCGGGCUUCAAAAAAAAGUUCUGCGCGCCAUAAGACAGAUAAAGAUGACAAUUCAGUUUACAAAAGGGAUCGCGCGCCUCCAAAAAGCCCCAAAUAUUCAAGUUUGUCAACGGAGGCAAUACUUGAAAGAGCUGAGUCUGUUUUAGAAGCUAUCAAUAAGAAAGGAUGCCCAACAGCUGAAGAGAACCUUUUCAACAUUACUGUUUAUACCGCUGAUUUGAGGUUGGCAGGAACUACCUCUCAGGUGUACAUCAAUAUCUAUGGAAUGGUUUAUGGUCUGGAAGAGAGCACGUCAAAAAUACAUCUUACAAAUCAUAACAUGGAGGAAUUUACAAGAGGACGAGUGGAUUCAUUCCUUCUAAAGACGAAAUUUGUUGGUUUGGUUCAAAGAAUCACGAUUGAGCACGACAACACGGGUGUACUACCAGAUUGGAACUUGGACAAGGUAGUAGUACACGAUUUAAAACUCGGUACGGUCCAGACAUUCAUGUGCUUUUGUGAAUUGGCGGGAUACGAAAAUGAAGUCUCCUUACCACCAAUAUAAAACAACACUCUCUGCAGUUUACUCUUUUCUUGUUGGAAUGAAACGCAGUGUCUCGAAAUGGAUACAAUGAAUGGAACUAAAGCUGGGGUUCGAGGAUAUCUUCUCUUGCUUGUUGUUUAUAUAUAUAUAUAUAUAUAUAUACAUACAUUUGCCUCUAACUGACUAAGUGUAAGGUACAGACCGAGUUUUUUCAAAUGGGAUUUUUGGCCUAAGCACGUAGUGCGCGAGUCAAAUUCGAGCAGAAAAAAAAGAGGUUCUGUAUCUUACAGGACGGACCGAAAGACGUGGUUAGUAAAAAAUUUGUCAUAUCUCUGAGUUUAAAAUAGAGGAGGAAGAUUUUAAUACGGACAAACGUUUAAAUUUCAAAAGCCUUAAUGUGAAAUAUGGCCCGCUAAAUUUACCAAUCAUUGCGCACGUAUUACUGAGAGAAAAAAAGGUGCUUAAGUGUAUCCUAACCCUUAUUUUAAAAUCAUUGAACAACUUGAUGCAAGAGACUAUCAGUUCAUAUUCUCUUGCAUUUGCUUUAUGCCAGCUCCUCUUUUUGAAUUCAUUUUUGAUGGUUAACAAAUUUCUGUCGCCCCUUGUGUUGAUCAUCGAAAAUCCUUUUCAUAAGAUUUGCUAAAAAUUUUGAAGGAUUUGGUAUUUUAUGAUGAAGAAGAUUGAAUUACGGUAUGUAUAGAAAAGACUCCUUGGACUAUUUUAAAUUGAAAGCGUAUCUGAUUACAGUCAGGUUCUCACGAUUUCAAGACUUGAAUAAAGGGUUUGGUACUUUACAACGA